AACACUUCCCUUGUUUGUAAGCAAGAGUGACAAGUGUCGAUACAAAGUGGAAUAUUUUCCGUUUUCCCUUUUAUUUGCUUGUCACUUUCAGAAGGUAGAGCGAUCCCUAUUUCUAAAAAGGACGUCUGACUUUUAAAGUCUCUUUACGUGUCUAUACACUGACACGCACGAGCGUUUAGGAAGAAACGUAGCUUUUCAAGGUUGGAACUUAGCGAGAAAGAUGGAAAAAGGAGCCAGACACCGAAACAACCCUGCGAAGAGCCCCCCAGGUGGGAGCAGGUCGGAGGCCAGCCCCGAUGAGGCCGGCUCGGGAGGGGGCGGUGUAGCCCUGAAGAAGGAGAUCGGAUUGGUCAGCGCCUGUGGCAUCAUUGUAGGGAACAUCAUCGGCUCUGGAAUCUUUGUCUCACCAAAGGGUGUCCUGGAGAACGCUGGCUCUGUGGGCCUUGCCCUCAUCGUCUGGAUUGUGACAGGUGUCAUUACAGCUGUGGGAGCCCUCUGCUAUGCUGAGCUGGGGGUCACCAUCCCUAAAUCCGGAGGUGAUUACUCCUAUGUCAAAGAUAUCUUUGGAGGAUUGGCUGGGUUCCUGAGGCUGUGGAUUGCUGUGCUGGUGAUCUACCCCACCAAUCAAGCUGUCAUCGCCCUUACCUUCUCCAACUACGUAUUGCAGCCACUCUUUCCCACCUGCUUCCCCCCAGAGUCUGGCCUUCGACUCCUGGCUGCCAUCUGCUUAUUGCUCCUCACAUGGGUGAACUGCUCCAGUGUGCGGUGGGCCACCCGGGUUCAAGACGUCUUCACAGCUGGGAAGCUCCUGGCCCUGGCCCUCAUCAUCAUCAUGGGUGUUGUGCAGAUAUGCAAAGGAGAAUUCUUUUGGCUGGAGCCAAAGAACGCAUUUGAGAAUUUCCAAGAACCUGACAUCGGCCUCGUCGCUCUGGCUUUCCUCCAGGGCUCCUUUGCCUAUGGAGGCUGGAACUUUCUUAAUUAUGUGACUGAGGAACUUGUGGAUCCCUACAAGAACCUUCCCAGAGCCAUCUUCAUCUCCAUCCCACUGGUCACAUUUGUGUAUGUCUUUGCCAAUGUCGCGUAUGUCACAGCAAUGUCCCCCCAGGAGCUGCUGGCAUCAAACGCAGUCGCUGUGACUUUUGGAGAGAAGCUCCUAGGAGUCAUGGCCUGGAUCAUGCCCAUUUCUGUUGCCCUGUCCACAUUUGGAGGAGUUAAUGGAUCUCUCUUCACCUCCUCCCGGCUGUUCUUUGCUGGAGCCAGAGAAGGCCACCUUCCCAGCGUGUUGGCCAUGAUCCACGUGAAGCGCUGCACCCCAAUCCCAGCCCUGCUCUUCACAUGCCUCUCCACCCUGCUGAUGCUGGUCACCAGUGACAUGUACACACUCAUCAAUUACGUGGGCUUCAUCAACUACCUCUUCUAUGGGGUCACAGUUGCAGGACAGAUAGUCCUUCGCUGGAAAAAGCCUGACAUCCCCCGCCCCAUCAAGAUCAACCUGCUGUUCCCCAUCAUCUACUUGCUGUUCUGGGCCUUCCUGCUGAUCUUCAGCCUGUGGUCGGAACCAGUGGUGUGCGGCAUUGGCCUGGCCAUCAUGCUGACCGGAGUACCUGUCUACUUCCUGGGUGUCUACUGGCAACACAAGCCCAAGUGUUUCAAUUACUUCAUUGAAUCACUAACCCUAGUGAGCCAGAAGAUGUGUGUGGUUGUAUAUCCCCAAGUGGAGGAGGAUGCAGAGGCAAGUACGGACAUGGAGGAGGAACAACAGAAGCCCAUCUACCAACCCACUCCUACUAAGGACCAGGACUCCAUAGAGCAGCCUCAGCCAUGAGACCUGUCCUCCCUUUAACUGACUGCCCCCUCCUUCAUCCCCCUUUCUGCCCUGCUUCCCUGCCUGAGUCCCCACAACACCACACACACACACACACACACACACACACACACACACACUUCUACUUCUGUCAGGCAGGGGUAGGACCUAGAUGUCUAUGGGAAGAAGUUCUAAAGAAAGACACUGACAUUUGUACCCAACGACUCUGCCUGCCCGCACUCCAGGGGUUAGAGGGUAGACAUGUGUGGGUACUCUACUGGGCCCUCUCUCUUGGCCCAUGCCCUUAGGUACCACUUAGGAACCUGAAUUCACUACUGCCUCCCCUCUCCAUUCCUGAGCCCAAAUGAAACCUCAGAUCAGAAGGAAGUGGGAGUCACAGUGAAUUAGUGGGGAAAAACAGAGGUAAACAAAUGUCACCACUAAAGAUCAGCUAGAGGGACAUAAAUGCCUCCCCAUUCACCAGGGACCAUCCUGUACCACCACCACAUCAUUCACCCAGUGUAGGUUCCCCAAUCCCAGAAUGUUUCCUUUCAGGGUACCUUCUCCCCAUUGAGCUAAGGACCAAGAAGGGGGACCACCCUAUCCCCCAGCUCCAAGCCAGGCUUGAAGAAUACACAGGGAAAGUCUCAGAUUGCAGAAACCCAGCCCUGCCCUUGCCCCUGCCCCCGUCCCUGCCCCCAGUGUGAUACCAAAGCUCCCUGAAGCCAGAAAGACUUCUUAUGUUCAGUCUAGUGGACAUCUCCUUCUUAAUGACAGAGCUACUCUGUCCCUCCUCACCCCUGUGUGAAGGAACAGUGGCCCUCUUACCCCAGCUCUCUUCCCACCCACAGCACUGCUGGUCCCUUUCACAAUGCCCUUUUCCUCCUUUGGACCUUGGCUCAAAGACCAGGUAUGAAGGAUCCCCAAGCCCUUCAGGCCUGAAAUCAGAGCCAAAUCAGCCUUAAGUCACCUCCUAUCCAAGAACUGAACCUAAAAAUACUCCCUAUUUCUAACCUUCAGGACAGACCUGGUGUUAAAUGUGAUCCAUGGGAGGAAGGGUGCUUUCCCACCUCCCAGAGCUACCCAUUCCACACCCUAGAGGGCUGUGUGGGGAGAAGGUGUUUUCUGAAGGCCAGUUCCUCUCCUUCCCCAACUCUAAUGACUCCACCGCCAGUGUGACAUCCCAUUUAGGGCAACAUGAGAGGGUAGUGUCAGAAUGGCUCUCAUUUUGGAGACCUCAGAAAAGUACCUUCUCUGUGGUCUGAGGGUUUCUGACUUUCCCUGUGCUCCAGGAAGGUAGCAGUGUUUGCUUUAGCCUGGCAACCUCCCCAGCCACACCUGUUGUGCUAAGGACUGGAUCCUUUGAUCCCAAGCAGGAACCCCACCUCCAUUCCAUCUGCUUAAACUGGAAUACCCAGGGACCCCUCCUGGCUCUGCCAUGUCUCCCAGCUUCCCACCUAGCUCACCUGACCCUUAAUUGGUGAGAGGCUAGGUUUAGGCUAAAUUAUGGCCCUUCAAAGUCAAACCCAAGCAGGCUGUGGGGCCUCUGGAGGACCAGGGACCACCCUUCUGCUCCUUCUCAUUCCUCCGUCUUUACCCACGCCUCCUUCAGCCACCCCGCCUUCAAUUAUCUUUUUUUUUUUUUUUAAGUGGAUGCCUUACUUUUUGGAUAAAUAUUUUUGAAAAUGGUAUUUUUAUUUCUUUUUGACUUUUUAAUGUAAGGUGGUUUGGGGUAGAGCUACAACCCCGAUAAUCUGUCAUUGAAUUCAUUUAGGGUUUACAGUUUAGUUUUGUGGAAUUUUUCUUUUCAUGUAAUAAAAUGUGAAAUGGAAAUGAA